AUGCCACCCCGAAGAACUUCAAAAACCCCGACAUCCCGUGCAUUGUCAGGGGCGUCCAGAGGAGGCAAACGCAAACCUCCUGCUCUUAUUGACCUGACCGCAGACGAUGACGACGAGGUGGCAUUGAGCUCGCAGGCUCGUAGUGCGCCAAGGCAAUACGUUCCCAGCCAAACCCUCAGCCAACCUGCUCUUCCUCCCGAAAAUUUUCUUUCACUCAGCCAGAGGCUUCCAGACACCCAGGCCGAGCUGGAGGAAGAAGCGAACGCUGCAGCAGUUGUUGAAUCCUCCCAGGAGUUAGAUGACUCCGCCUACUCGGACUUUGAGCUUUAUGGUAUUUUACUCCACAAAAUAGUCGGGGUUAGAUAUUAUAAUGGGCAGGCGACCAAAGGAGAAUAUGUGAACAUUAGACGCGAGCCUGGCAACCCCUAUGAUUCCAAUGCAAUCCGGAUCGACAAUGUCAUGGGCGACCAAAUCGGCCACUUACCUCGCCAGCUGGCUAGCAAAUUGGCUCCCUACAUAGAUUCUGCGGACUUACUAGUAGAGGGUGUUCUAGCGGGAAACAAGGGUGUUUACGAAUGUCCAAUCAGCCUAAAACUAUAUGGAACCAGUGAGCCCAGACAGCAACUAGAGCUCAUGGCGAGAAUGAAAAGGCACGGGCUGCCGGUUGCAGAGCUGCUCAUGAAAAACAGCGACAGGAAGAAGCGACAGCUGCAGGAAUUGAAAGCCGCCGCCGCCAAUAGCUCCAGGGCACACAAAAACAUUGGAAGGGGUGAGGAAUGGAACAAAUCGGACAAUGCCUUUGGUGUUAAUAUGGCUCCUCCCGGAGGGCAUUCGGACGAAAAGAAUAAGAAUCAAGAGUCUAUUGACGACAUUAUCGGCCAAAGCGUUGUCUUCAACCCCAGGGAGAUGAGCCAGGUCGUUGAAAAGUUUGGCGCUGAUGAGAAAGAACUUGCAGCAAUGCCGAUGGCGGAGUGUCCGGCCUCGCUUUCGACGGAAUUGUUACCAUAUCAACGUCAAGGACUCGCGUGGAUGUUAGAUAAGGAAUCACCACAGCUACCGGGGGUUGGACGUGAGGAUGUGGUGCAGUUGUGGAAGCGGCAGGCCCAGGCGUAUAAAAAUAUCGCAACUGGUUAUGUCACAAACCAGGCACCUCCACUUGCCAGCGGUGGAAUCCUUGCGGAUGAUAUGGGUCUUGGGAAGACUAUACAGACUAUUUCCCUUAUUCUAGCGGACCUAAAGGUGGCAUCCGCUCAAUCUUCGAGGACCACACUGAUUAUCUCUCCGCUUGGAGUGAUGAGCAAUUGGAGAGAUCAGAUUGCUACCCAUGUCAAGCAGGAGAAUGCGCUUAAAGUUCUCGUAUACCAUGGGACAGGUAAGAAAGAGGCCGAAAAGCUCGACCAAUACGAUGUAGUAAUCACCACUUAUGGUGCACUUGCCAUGGAAUUUGGGCAAGUUGAUGGCAAAAGCCCUAAGGCCCCGAAACCAAAGCAGGGCCUUUUCUCUAUGCGCUGGCGCCGAGUUGUCCUGGAUGAAGGGCAUACUAUUCGAUCUCCACGGACCAAGGGAGCAAGAGCAGCUUGCGCUCUGGAGGCCGACUCUCGAUGGUCACUGACUGGGACACCUAUCAUUAAUAACCUGAAAGACCUAUACUCACAGCUUAGAUACCUCCGUAUAUCUGGUGGAUUGGAAGAUUUUUCUGUCUUUAACAGUGCGCUAAUCCGACCGCUCAAAGACGAAGACCCCAACGCCAAUCUCGUUCUCCAGGCUCUAAUGGCGACAAUUUGUCUACGCCGGAAGAAGGAAAUGGGAUUCAUCAACCUUCGCCUUCCGCCCAUGCAAUCACAUAUCCUUCAUGUCAAGUUUUCCCAGCAUGAGAAAGAGAAAUACGAUAUGUUUCAGGCCGAGGCGAAGGGUGUCCUUAUGGAAUAUUCUAACGGGAAAAAGUCGAAUGUUACCUAUUCACACUUACUUGAGGUUAUCCUGCGCCUUCGACAAGUCUGUAACCAUUGGAAAUUGUGCCAAAGCCGCAUAAAUAGCCUCAUGGAUCUGUUGGAGAAGGAAAAAAUUGUAUCUUUGACACCAGAAAAUGUAAAAGCGCUCCAGGCGCUCCUCCAACUGAACAUUGAGAGUCAAGAAACGUGCCCUAUAUGCCUCGAUUCUUUGGAUCAGCCAGUGAUCACGGCCUGUGCUCAUACCUUCGAUUAUUCUUGCAUAGAGCAGGUCAUUGAAAGACAACACAAAUGUCCCCUUUGCCGCGCAGAACUCGCAGAUACGUCGAAUCUUGUUCAUCCCGCUGUUGCUCUCGGUGAAGACGACAGCAAGGUGGAUGUCGACCCUGAGGAAAGCAGCAGCAAAAUUCAAGCUUUGAUUAAAAUUCUAACGGCACAGGGUCAGGCUCCGGGAAGCAAGACAGUUGUUUUCAGUCAAUGGACAUCGUUUCUUGACCUGAUUGAGCCGCAGCUUGUAAAACACAAUAUCACUUUUACCCGGAUCGACGGUAAGAGGAGCUCCACCAAACGGGAUGUGGCCAUGGCGACUUUGACCAAUGAUCCGAACUGCACUGUCAUGCUCGCGAGUUUAAAUGUCUGCAGCGUUGGCCUCAAUCUUGUGGCCGCCAACCAAGUUAUUCUUACAGAUAGCUGGUGGGCGCCUGCCAUCGAAGACCAGGCAGUGGAUCGCGUCUAUCGACUGGGCCAGAAACGACCUACUACGGUAUGGCGGCUUGUGAUGGAGGGGAGCAUUGAAGAUCGAGUACUGGAUAUACAGAAACGCAAGCGUGAUCUGAUGACCACCGCUUUUAGGGAGAAGAAUUCAAAAACGGGCGAGCAACAAAGAGCGAGAUUGGCGGAUUUGGAAAAGCUGCUGCAGUAG